GAUUGAACGAUCGAAGAUUGAUAAGCGUUUAUAUUCUUUGAUUGAACAUACCAUUUCCAUAGUAUAAUUUGUGGUUAAACUGUGCAAUUUCCUUUUUAUUUUUGCAAUAUACCACAAAUAUACUGUGUUUUGGAUUCCAGAUUCCAUAUAACGAAGCACGAAUCUAUGAAUACGAUUUAUGAUUUAUACGGAUACGAAUAUAAACAAUAAAUACUGUCACAGCGCGGUAUAUAUAAUAUAUCAAUAUAAUAUAUCUGUAUAUCAAUAUUCUUUAUUAGCAAAGCUAAAAUAAUUCUUUAGGAAUAUAUUGUAAGAUACAUUUAUUCAGUUCGUUUAUGGUUAGCUAUGGAAUUUAAAGUUGAAAUUAAGGAACAUUUUGUUGAAUGUAACCAAAAAAACAUAGAGAGCAAGCCAUCCACAUCCACAGAUCUGAACAACUUCAAAAAAGAACUAGAAGAUAACUCAGAAAUGGAACUAAAAGCUAAAAUUAAGGAAGAGUUUGCUGAAAGUUGUCAAGGAUAUAAUUUAGAGACUCAGCUAUUUACAUCCCCAGAUGAAGACUUGAAUAAGGCAGAUGAAGAUAACUCAGGGUUUUCUCAGAACAGAAUGGAAACCAUAAAAACUAAACUUGCAUGCACUACAGAAGAACGAAUAAGUGCAAACACUGAAGAAACAAUUUGUUUGGAUGAACAUAUGAAAGUUCGCACUGGAGAAAAGUCUCACGAGUGUGAAACUUGUUUUAAGCAGUUUACUCGAGUACACGAUUUGAAGAGACAUUUGAGAGUGCACACUGGGGAAAAGCCUCACAAGUGUGAAAUUUGCUUUAAGCAAUUUAAUCGCAAAUGUCAUUUAAAAAAACAUUUGAUGUUUCAUACUGGAGAAAAGCCUUACAAGUGUGAAAUUUGUUUUAGGCAAUUUACUACACCAUAUGAUUUGAAAAUACAUUUAAGAAUGCACACUGGAGAAAAGCCUCACAAGUGUGAAAUUUGUUUAUAAGCAGUUUGCUCAAGCAGAUUAUUUGAAAAAUCAUCUCAGAGUGCACACUGGUGAAAUGCCUCACAAGUGUGAAAUUUGUUUUAAGCAGUUUAGUCACAAAAGUAAUUUGAAAAACCAUUUGAUGAUUCACGCUGGAGAAAUGCCUCACAAGUGUGAAAUUUGUUUGAAGCAGUUUACUCGAGCACAUUUUUUGAAAAGUCAUUUGAGAGUGCACACAGGAGAAAUGCCUUACAAGUGCGAGAUGUGCUUUAAGCAGUUUAGUCACCCAAGUAAUUUCAAAACACAUUUGAUGUUUCACGUUGAAGAAAAGCCUUACAAGUGUGAAAUUUGUUUUAAGCAGUUCACUCUAAAAGGUUCUUUGGUUUACCAUACGAAAGUUCACACUGGAGAAAUGCCUUACAAGUGUGAAAUUUGUUUUAAGCAGUUCAUCCGAAAAAGUUUUUUGGAUCAACAUAUGAUUGUUCAUACUGGAGAAAAGCCUUACAAGUGUGAAAUUUGUUUUAAGCAGUUUAUUAGUAGAAGUAGUUUAAAAAGGCAUUGGAGAGUGCAUAUUGGAGAAAUGCCUUAAAAGUGUGAAAUUUGCUUUAAGCAAUUUAACCAUAUAAGUGAUUUGAAAAAUCAUUUGAGAGUACACACUGUAGAAAAAGUUAAUUUCGUCAAAUACUAUGAAAUUAAGUAUGUAGUUUGAAAAGGUUUCUAGUUAUACUCCUUGUGGGGUUCAAUUUUAAAAUUAUGAAAUUUGUUUUAAACAAUUUGUCAAACAUAUGUAAUUGUAUACUUGAUAAACUUUUAUGCAACAAAAAUCAAUUUUUGGUUAUCCAUAGUGUAUAUUUUCAUGUUAUUAGCCGCUCUAUUUUGUCGUAUUAUCAAAAAAUAAAGACAUAUUUUCAGU